UUUAAGGUGCUUUAUUGGCAGGACAAAUAAUUGUACAUUCAUAUUGCCAAAGCAAUGGCAGCUUAUGCAAAGCAAUAGUGUAAAAACAUACAGUGUAAAACAAUGUACAUAAAUUAAGAGAAAUGCCAAGAGACAAUUAUAGAGCUCACAUACACAUACAGCUUGCGUGCAAUGAGAGAAAACUGGUGUAAAGAAUGUUAGAAUUAAACUGAUUUAAAUGGUUUUUAAUGGCAAAUACACACACAUUGAAUGAAUGACUACUAUAAAGAGCAUGUAGAUAUGAAAACAUAGCAAAAUCCUGGACAUUUUAGGCAAUUUAGAAAUCUCUACCAGUAGAAAAAAACAGCGUAUGUCACCUUAUAACUGUGUACAGUUUGUGGCUGUUGUAUGUGUUAAUGGAUGUGAAGUACACCGCAUGGUAAACCACAGAAAUGCCAUCUACAGAAACAUCUACCACGCCUCAAGUUAAUGUUCAAAAAAUAAAGUGAGACAAAAGUAACGUGGAUUAAUUUACAGGCAUGACUGUAUAUAGUGCUGCACGGCUCACGAAACAUGAGCGACCAUUUCAAUUAACCAUAAUCAGAUAAAAGUUUUCUUAUUUUGAAUAAAAACACAUUUUUCUAACUAUAUAUACAAUAUUUAUAAAAGUAAAAUGAUGAUUAUCAUGCAUGUGUGAGCUAUUUUGCAUGUAAUGAGAUGCUGUUUCUUUUUAUUUGCAAACUAUUAUAUUCCUGCAGUUUUUAUUGGGUGGACCAGUGCCACUCCUGAUGUGACCUCUGCCCUGAUGUGACCUCUGCCCUGAUGCAAUACAAUUACAAUCUUUUAAACACAGGCUGUGUUCAGAAUGGCAUACUACUCUUACUAUUUUGCCAUAUUUAGGGUAUAUAUGACUGAAAAGUGGGUGUAGUUGCAUUAGUGUCAAGUAGACUUCACUCGGAAUUCAGUUAUCUUAAGUGAGAUUUUGAUCUGAAGGGAGUGUAUAUGUUCAGUUUGAAGGGCACUCCAAACAGAAAGGGAAUACGAGUACAUCAAUAUGUCACUAAUCUGAGAUAAGCCAAACUAAUGAAUGAAUUAAGAUAGAUAGAUAGAUAGAUAUAAUGCAGUGUAAAUGAUUUUGUAAUGUAGAUUUAGUCUAAAAAUAUGAUUGUAAAUUAGUAUUUUGGUUGGUUUACAUGUGUGUGCAUGUCACAGGAUGCCUCAUAUCAAGGUCAAUCAAUCAAUCACUUUUAUUUCUAUAGCACAUUUAAAAACAACACAUGUUGACCAAAGUGCUUUACAAAAAGUAAACAUAAAUAAAUCAUGCACAUUCAGAGAACAUAAAUAUUAAUGCAACACAAAUAAAUGUCGUUACACACACUAGACACAGUCAAAAGCAAGAGAGAAGAGAUGAGUCUUCAAAUUAGAUUUAAAAACAUCAACUGUGGUACAGGAUCUGAUACGGAGAGGUAAACUAUUCCAACGGUGAGGAGCCGCAACAAAGAAGGCACGAUCUCCUUUCGAUUUUAAACGAGACAUAGGAAUGAUUAAAAGAAGACCCUGUGAUGACAUUAGAGGUCUAGAAGUAGUAUAUUGCUGAAAGAGUUCUGCAAUGUAAGGAGGUGCCAAGCCAUUAAGACAAAAACAAAUAAUAAAAUCUUAUACUGAAUUCUGAAUUUAACUGGGUGCCAGUGGAAAGAAGCCAACACAGGUGAUAUACUAGCAUGCAUCCUAGUUCCAGUCAGAAGCCUAGCAGCAACAUUUUGAACUAACUGCAGACGUGACAAUGAGGCAUGAGAAACAUGAUCACCUGCAGGAUUUCAUCUGAGGGUACGCACAGAAAUCAAACCAUCUUAUAUUUUCUCUUAACAGCUUACAGUUCAUUGCGUUGCAGUUGUUUGUAUCAUGAUAAAUACAUGUAAUGUGACAAUAAAGUAUAUUUUAUAAUCAUAAGAAUCAUCAUGAUUAUUUUCAUUGUUUACAAGAUAUUUUACCAGAUUUUAAAAUAUUCCUCUUUACCUGAAUUACUUCAAAAUUGUUUAGAAUAAUUUCAAGAUACUGCUGGUCCGCAAUAAUCAAUAAUAUAUUUGAUAUUUUAUUAGUGUCGCCCUUUUAGUGUUACAUGGCAUCCACUCAAUCUGGAUUGUGGCAUAUGAUUUGUGGCCAAUUUGUAUUUUAAUAAUAAUAAUAUGUAUAAUUUGUAUACACUAGAGGUGUAACUGUAUGAGAUUUUUAUGGUAUGAUAACAGUCACAAAAAAUACCACGCUAUUACAGUAUUAUGGUAUUAAGGUAUAUUACUAAUAUUAUUAACAGUUUAAUAAUUAAUUAUACAAUUAGUUAAAUUUAGACUUUUAACAACUUGUAACUACUUCUAACUGCUCUACUGCCAUUUAAUUGUAUGCUAUUCUGCCAAAUAUUAUUUUUGAUUUAUUAUUUUACGACUUAUGAAAUUGAAUUUCGUAAAAAAAUAAAAAAAAUCUAACAAUCUGUAUAAAUAUAAUAAAAAUAUCAUCUGAAAUGUAAAAAUACUUGAAAAUCAAAGUGAGUUCUGUUCCAAAUUUUAGGUCGAGUGGCAAAGUGCUCAGACGCAGGACCAGAAAUGUCCUAAAAACACAAACGAGGAUUCAAUAAUUAGGCCUGUUUCCAUUAUUACACUGUCUUAUAUUUAAAUCUGUAUACGGCCAUGUACGAACAAAUACAAUUAGAGUUCAUAUAUUUGAGCAUUUAUGUACACAUUUAAAUUCCACAAGUGUGUGUUAUACUUAAGGGAAAAACUUAAGGUGCUUUAUGCAACCGGGCAUUGGGACUUACUUGUUAUUCUUAUUAAAUAAUAUAUUAAUACAACAAAUCUUCAUUCUGUUUAGGCAAAAAUGUGAGGUUUCCAUGGUUACAUGGGCUGACCUUUCUCAGUUUAGAAAGCGGCAUCAACCACAUAAUCAUUGGUGGGAGAGUAAGAUAUAAACUAAUGUUAGAAACACCUCUCAAACCACAUGAGAUGCGACAUCAUUUUAUUGCACAACAUUAUAUAAGAUGUUUACAAGAUUAGAAAUAUUAUAAUAAAUUCUAAAAUAACUGGUUACAAUGUAAGUGCUGUUAGCAGUUGGAGCCACUAAAAAUGCAGCGCUCCCGUGAGACAUGCUAAAAACAGUGAAAUGUGACGCAGUUUUCAAAAGACAUCCAUCUAGUGAAUGUUUACAUGGAAAACGACUGAAAAACAGCAGGAGUGGACGCAAAAACACAUUCAGUUUGAACAGCCCCUUGUUCACAUGACACAGCACUAGCUGAAGUUUCUCAAAGUUACCUCUCAAAAAGACACUGUAUCCAGCGCUGUUUGUUCUCUGUAUUCAUAAAUAUCCCGAUACUGUUUUACUGUGUGAGAAACUGCUCCUAAUGAUUCAGUGAGAGAGCGCUCUGAACGAAUUGUACUGAAUCACGAAUCGAUUCAGACCAUUUUGCAAGCCCGUUUGGCCAAUUCACUGAAAAGAACUGACUCAAAAGAAUUAUUCAUUCGCAAAUUGGGCAUUGCUAGUUCUUUUAAACAGCCAACAGAAAUACUGGACACACUUCAUGAUUGGUAAAAUAUUCUGAGAGUAAAUAUUUCUCAGGUCAGUUGGAGCGCUCAUUGUACGCACAGUAUACGGCCGUACAGCUGCAGGUGCCACUGAUGAGAAAUACCAUAAUACAAUGAAUUACAGUAAUCCAGUCUGGAAGAAAUAAAAGCAUGUAUAACAACCUCCAGAUCCUUAAAAGACAGAAAAGGUUUCAGUUUUGCAAUGGCCCUUAGUUGGAAGAAGCCACUUCUUACCACAGAAUUCAUAUGUUUAUCAAACUAAAGUCACGCCAAGACUUCUUGCUUAAUUGUGUAAAUUAGAGUCAAGGGGGCCUAGAUGAUUAAUUAUGUUUAGUUGAGUCAGCGGGGCCAAACACUACCACCUCAGUUUUUCACUCGUUAAGCUGGUGAAAGUUAGGGUGUGUUCACGCUUGGCAGGUUUGGUUCGAUUAAAACGAACUCUGGUGCGAUUGCUCUGUUAGUGCAGUUCAUUUGAACAAGUGUGAACGCUGCCAUCCGAACCGUGGUGUGUAACAGGAUAUGAUGUCACAAGCUGCGACCCUAAAAAUCGUGUGAUUUGAUAACAUAGAAAGAGCGGUGAGAGCUGUGUAUGCAAAACAAAAUGAGCAGAGGGCAAACAUGGAGCAAUGAGGAGGUAAAGUUCCUUAUUAACAUUUGGUCUGAUGAGCAUAUUUCCAGUAUACUGGGAAAAAACACACAAAAAUGCUCAAGUGGUCAAAAUGUUCAGUGAUAUGUUAAGGGAAAGUGGGUUCAACGAGCACAUUUCGCCCAGCAGCCAGCAUUGUUUUGGAUGUUCGGCAAGUUCCGUCGCAAAAUAUAAGUCAUAAAAGCUGUCCAAUCAGGUUGUGACCUUCUCCUUAUGCCUUUUGUUUUGUAUCUUUAGGUGCGGUGUUAAAAAUGCCGGUGUGAAUGCUAAGCGAACCAGGACUCUUUAGUCCAGUAUCAUUUUCUUUAACUACAAGUGUGAACAUACCCUAACUUGCCAUACACUUUUUAAUAGCAUAAACAGUGAAAAAGUGAAUGUAAAGCAGAAUUAUCCCCGGGGUUAUAGUAUCAUCAGCAUAACAACGAUAUGAUGAUAGACAUGAUACAUAUGCAAGCAUUAGAAAUAUAUGAAAACAACCACAGAAUACAAACUGUGUCAGUAUAUUUCACUUAAGUUAGGCCUAAUGCCUUAUUAGCACAUGACAACUUUACCUGAUUUGAGGACAGUUGUAACAAAAGUGCUCUGUGUCUUCAAACACUAAUUGUAGAAAAUAGGAACAAUGCAGGUUUUUGGCAUUUAUUUUGUUAGUAGACAGAUAAAGGUAUCUCGUGAAAAAAUGGCACGUUUAUUCUGCUCUGUAUUUGUGCAGGGCAGCAAAAAGCAAGAAGUGUUACAACUGUACUCGGUCUAUGUUAGUGUGCCAUACUGUGUAUAAUAAAAGAAGUAUGCUUACUCGAGUGCACUUCAUGAUUAAAUUAUCCAACAUUGAGUACAAAAGUCUUCCGUUUCUACUGACGGUGGGAAAUUGAUGAACUCCGAUCCUGUUGCCAAUCCCGAGUGUGUGCUGGCGGGGGGUGGAAGAGAAUAAAUCCGAUUAACACUGAAUUAAGCACAUACAAGCAGGAUUGUCUAUUUACAUCCACACUUUACACAUACACAUGGAAACUAGUGCGCGAUUGUUGAUUUCCAGAGACAUUAUUGAGAAUAAACCCGAUGGUGACCGAAUGCAACCAAGAAGCGGUUUUAUAUUUUAUAAAAGAGCGGAGAGACCGAGUGAAAAACGUGGAUUUAACGGAUCAUUUUCGAGCGACAAUCCCCAAAGAUCCUUUCUUAAAAACUGCGGCAAAGGAAACCUUUAAACGCUUUGUAGACACUGUGGCUUUCGUAAAAGUGGAAAAUGGAGAGAAAUACAUUUUCCUUAGAAAGAAAUUUAGGGGAUCGUUACCUGUCUCAGGUUACGGAACUGACAGUGCGGGACGUGUGAAAUCACAGCCGGAUAUUUAUGUCAACUUUUCAGAGGGUGUGAACAGCACAAAAUCUGAUGUGUGUCGGACAAUCAUGGGGAACUCCAACAGCAGCAGGACGGAGGAUAAAGCCGGUGGGAAAGCAGAGCAGAAUGUGUCAACGCCAAAUCAGGCGGUCGAUAAAGACAAAAGACCCGAAAUAUCAGUGAGAAAAGGGUCAGACGAGACGGUGUUUAAUUCCGCUUAUAAUGGAGGACCGAAAGGCGAAUCUGAGGACGAGAACACAAAAGAAACGAGACGUCACAAUGAACAUCAGACGGACACGUCAAACAUCAGACGCGAGGAUUUCUCCGAGGUUCCGAAGAACAGUUCCCCGCAGGUCCGUCGCAGUGAAGUGCUGAGAAACUCGGUGUAUCUCUCGGCUAGAUGUAAAGACGGUCCGCGGGCUGACAGCGACUAUGAAGCCGCCGCAGUGACGCUGGAGCCGCUGGAACACGAGUGGAUGAUGUGCGCGUCUGACGGACAGUGGGAGAGUCUCCAUCGGCUGCUCCUCAGAGAUCACAGCCUCCUCACCCGGAAAGACUUCGUUACAGGAUUCACCUGCCUGCACUGGGCUGCUAAACUCGGGAAACACGAACUGAUUGUCUUGUUGGUCAACUUUGCUAAAGAACGUCAUGUGACUCUCAACAUGAACGCGCGCUCCAGCGUCGGGUACACGCCUCUCCAUUUAGCGGCGAUGCACAAUCACAUCGAGGUGGUGAAAUUAUUAGUCGGAGCGUUUGACGCCGAUGUGGAGGUGAGAGAUUACAAUGGGAAAAAAGCAUGUCAGUACCUGAAGAGUGACAUUGCGCAAAACAUUCUUGACAUCGUGGGCGCAUGUGUUGAAACUGACGCAGAAAACGGCGGUGUUGAAGACACGAAUCGCUGGAGACUGUCGCGAGUUAUUCAGUCCAGUUUCAGACCUCUUAAAUCACAAAAACACAACAGUGAAGAGGACUCGUGCAACACUAAACAAAAGUCUCUCUACAGGAAAUCUUCUUUUACUAAAAUGAAACCUAGUCUUCAUAAAAUCUACUUCAGGUCGCAGAUUGUCCACAACACUUCUUUUAGAUUUGAGAAAGAAGCCACAGAAGAGCCUCCAAAUCCAUUAAGACCCCAAUCAAACCUCUUUGGGUGACACUUUAAAAAAUGCACUGAAUAUCUGCAGAACUGAAACCCAUCUGGUUAUUUUUCUACCUUCUGCUUUGAAUACUUUUUGUGAAAUCGCAAUACAAAUACUGUCAAUUCAUUUGUAAACAGUCUUGUACAGCAUUAUGUUCUGAUUUCAUAAUAUUACUCUGAGGAGCUGUACAAGGAAUAACUGAAUCACUAGAAAGAAUUUCAGGAGCGAAUAAAUACAUUUCUUUGAAAUUCUGUAUAAUGCAGAGUAUUAUAAAGUAUCUCUCACAUGAUUUUAUCUGUUUAGAAGAGACAUUGUUACAUUUUGUUCCAUCUUGUAAUGACAAAUUACUGGAUUUUGUUUCGUUCAUGAUUAUUAAAUUGUUUGUUAAUAAGAACAUCCACCUGCAUCCACCAAAAAUAUAUUGAAAUGCACUCAUUUUGUGUGGAUUGUAACCUUUGAGAAUGUGUACAUAUAGAAAAUAUUGUGUUUAAUAUGGGUUAGUAGACCUCACUACUAUCAGUAUUUUACUGCAUUCUGCUUUAUAGUAACACAUUUGCUAAAUUGAAAUAUUUUGAAGUCUUGAUACAUUCAUUGUUUGUGAUUUUUUUAUUUUAUGAUACAAACAUUGAUUUUAUGUAUGUAUAUUGAAGGGUUGUGGAGCAAUGCUUCUUUAUUUGUUUUCCAUCAUUUUUAUCUUCAAUAGAGGGAAUUUCACCUGGAAUAAACAAACCAAUCAAACGCUCUGCUUUUAUUUCACCAGCGGAACCAUUUCAUCCUCAUAAUGCCAAAUAUUCUCAGUGUAUUUUAUCACUUCUAAAGUCUUUAAAGAUUUCUUAUAAUAAAUCACUGGUUUUGUAAGAUUCUUCAAAUGUACUCUUCGUUCACAAUAGUCAA